CGGGGCGAGGAGCGGCGCAGGCGCAUGAGGUGCGCCGGCGCUGUUGCUGUGGGGACGGGAUUGUGGACCCCCAGCCGGGCCCUGACCCCAGCAUGCUGUCCUGGAAGCCGGCUUGCCGAGCUCCCGACCUCCACUUCCGCUUCCAGGUAUUUGCGGAUCCGGGCCUGCUCCCGGAGAGUGCACCCUACUGUCACGUCUGCGGGGUCGUGGCUGUCGCCUGUCCCUGCAGCGCCAGGCCCCGCCCGGCCUCCAAGUCAAGUGCUUCUCUGUGCACCGCAGUUGGGUGAAAACAACCCCCUUACGGCGGUUUUAGACAUUGGCGUGCAAGAAAAGAUGCACUUUCUAUACUUCUCUUAGGCAGGAAGUCAUUAUAUGACUAACACAUCUUCAUCAGAUUUCCUCUGAUUUACCCUGAAGUGUAUAUGAUAAUGAUGUGCACUGCCAAGAAAUGUGGAAUUAGGUUCCAGCCUCCAGCUAUUAUCUUAAUCUAUGAGAAUGAAAUGAAGGGAAAAACUCGCCAGCGCAUCAUGCCAGUCCGAAACUUUUCAAAGUUUUCAGAUUGCAGCAGAGCUGCUGAACAAUUAAAGAAUAAUCCACGACACAAGAGCUACCUGGAACAAGUAUCCCUGAGGCAGCUAGAGAAGUUAUUCACUUUUUUACGAGGUUACAUGAGGGGCCAGAGUUUGGCAGAAACAAUGGAACAGAUUCGACGGGAAACAACCGUUGAUCCUGAGGAAGACCUGAACAAACUAGAUGACAAGGAACUUGCCAAAAGGAAGAGCAUCAUGGAUGAACUUUUUGAGAAAAAUCAGAAGAAGAAGGAUGAUCCAAAUUUUGUUUAUGACAUCGAAGUUGAGUUCCCACAGGAUGAGCAACUGCAGUCCUGUGGCUGGGACACAGAGUCAGCUGACGAGUUCUGAUAUCAAAAACUCAAAAAAUUUAUUGAGCCAGCAGAAAAUCCAUGUUUAUGCAAAGAAUGUAGAUUGGUUCUAGAAAAAUCUGUAAAGAACACUAAAUGUACAUGUCGGGUCAUAUUUGGAUUGAGCGUGUUACUUUUCAAAACCAGGACACGUAUAACAUUACUGUGUAGGUGCAUGAGGAAUAUAGGAAAAACCGAAUAUAGGAAUCUGCCUUUAAGGAGCUUACAAUCUAACUGGAAGAUAAGUCAAAAACUUGUGAAAAGCUAAUAUACAGUAUUAGGCAGCAAAAAAAUUAGAGCCAAAUGCUUGAUAAAGGUUAAAGAGGGUCGGAGCCUAGAUCACUGUAGGGUAGAAUAGUCAGGGAAGAAUGUCCUAUAGUGGCAAGACGGGAAUUUGCCCAACCCUUGAAAUGGUAUUAUUUGGAUAGAAGGUUAUAGAGGAUUCCAGAUGAGAGAAAUUGGAAGAAAAAAAAAAGGGACGGGGGGUUUGGUAAAGAGAUAGGAAUUAGAACAUUUUAUUUGAGGAACAGUAAGCAAAUUAUAGUUUGAUAAGAUUGGAGGAUAUAGUUGGUUACCAGGGGAUUAUCUUGUAUACCUUAUGUCUUUAUCUGUAUUUAACUCUGGAGUAGAAGAGUACCCCUGCAGAAUGCCCUGCAACUGCAAGGGAAUGUCAUUUGAUGGACAACAGGGGAAUGCUGCCCCUCCGGUAUCAGGAAAUAUAUACGAAAGACAUUCUGAAACCCUGAACCUCUUCCCGUAAAUAAGAGGUUUGUUUGUAAAAUGGGAAAUCUGCCCGUAAUAAAUGAACAAUAGGUACUGCCAGUUUAGGCCUAUUCGUGAGUUUGGAUCUACAAAGAGAAAGUCUUUGUUGAAUAAGCUUAUCUGUGUACAAAUAUACCUUUCUUCUUAUUAGAAUAUUAUUUAAUUGGUAGAAAUCCUAUCUUUUUUGCAAGGAAAUUAUUACUCAAUAAAUAAAACUGUAAAAAUUAUUCACUCUUUCUCCCUGUCACUCCCUACUCUCUUUACCAUUAAAAGCCGCAUUAAAGAGAUCGUUCUUACAGUGAUAUCACCAGGGACUUAAGACAGUUGUGUCUCGUAUGUAUAUUUGCCAAAGGUAGCAAAAGAAUUUUCAAAAUUGGAGAUCCUUCCAUAUCUACGUAGUAUUCCACUGUAUAGAUGUAGAUAUAUUUUAAAAGUUGACCUUAGGUUGUUUUCCCCUUUCACUAUUACAGCCAAUACCCACAGCAGAUAACCUUGUAUAGUCUCUAUUUUGCACAUGUGCAAGACCAUAAAUAACGCCUAGAGAGGAAUUGCUGGGUAUGUGCGUUCUAAAUUUUAAUAGUUACUGCUAAGUUGUCCUCCAAAGAGGUUCAUCCAUUCAUUCGUUCAUUCAGUAUAUGUACUUAAUGAGCAACUACUAGAUGCUCAGCCUGUACCGUUCUAAAGUCUGGGAAUACAGCAGUAUGCACAACAAAGUUCUUGCCUUUACAAGGUUUACAGUCUAGUUGGAGUGGGGAGACAAACAUAGAUACAUAGGAUAAUGUCAUGUGAUAAGUGCUCAGAAUUAGAAACGGUAAAAAGAAUGCCGGAGGGGAUGGGAGCCACUGUUUUCAAUAGGGUGAUGGGGUGACAUUUGAGCAAAGGCCUGAAGGAGGAAAGCAAAAAUUGAUGUGCAUUUCAGGGGUAGUGGAGAAAGGUGAGUGCAUGGCUCCCAGGGCUGGAGUGUGCUUGACAUAUCUGAGGAAGAGCAAGGAGGCCAAUGUGGCUAAUACAGAUUGAGCAAGAGGAAAAUGGUAGGAGAUGAGGUUGGUGAUGAGUACUUGCACGGUACUUACCGUGAAGGUUGUACCAACUUAAACCAUCAGCAGUACAUGAGAGUACCUAUUUCCCCAUAUGCUCAUCAACAGAGACUGUUACCAAACUUGUUGAUCUUUGCCAAUUUUAUAAUUUAAGAAUGGUGUCUUACAGUUUUAAUUUGCAUUUCUUUUAUUAUGAGUGAGACUAAAUAUCUUCAUACAUUUAAGAGCCAUUUUUUAUGAUAUAA